AUGGGAAUCCAUGAAGAUUCUAGGCCUUCUGGGGCCCUGGGUGGCCUAUACGGGGAGAUUAUGGCAACAGAGACCCCCAUGCUUGAAGCCCAUCCACUGCAGCCUCUCAUAAAGAACUUGAAUACAGCACUUUAUGCUAACUCAUUAAUUGGAGUUGGAAUAGCUUCUAGUUUGUACCAUACUUCACAAGGAGAGAUCAGAAAAUAUUUGAGAUGGGCAGACUAUACAAUGAUUGCCACUUCAACACUAUGCUUAUCAAGAGCCCUUCGGGACGAGAAUCCAAAAUUUCUAAUGGCAGCAUCAACAUUGCUCCUACCAUUUCAACCCCUGAUGGUUUCAGCUGUCCACACUGGGAUAAUGGAGGUUUCAUUUGCCAAAAGAGCAUCAAUAGAUCCAGAGCUCAAGAUGGCACAUAACCUACACAAGAUGUCUCUCCUGGGAGGUGCGCUAUUCAUCGCUGAUGAUGUCUUCCCACAAACUUCCUACCUCCAUGCAGCAUGGCAUCUAGCUGCAGCGCUGGGUGUCGGCACAUGCAACAAGCUGCUUGAGUGA